GUGUGAUCUGGAAAGACAGGGGCAUCUGGAAAAACAGGUUUCCUUUGUGAAAUAGAAAGUGCAAAAGAAAAUUGAAGAGAUAGGAAGCCACUGACCGUCUCUCUCUGUUUUUUCCACUUCUUUCUUUAUGAAAUGUUUUUUUUUUCGUAUUUCAUUUUAAAUCUAUUGGAUGAUUCCUAAUUUGUAAACAUUUUCAUCCACUAAAUGGUAAGGGGUUCACUCAGCAAACUCCACCUAUUAUGUAGGAGUACAACACAAGUCUUUACCCAGAGAAACGAGCUGCAGUAAAAACACACUGGAAAACUUCCUUAUAUUAAGCAUUUUGAGUUGACAACAGCAGGGAUGGCGAGAAGGCUUGGAGUAUGGACAGAGGUAAAGGCUGCCACUGAAGAAACUCAGGACAUCUGUGAUAUGCUGAAGAGCCAAGCAGAGGCAAAGUGGACCAAACAGAGUUACCAAAUCUUUAAGGCCAUUGAAUACAGGGUCCAGCCAGUGGCAGGAACAAACUUUCUCAUCAAGGUUCAUGUGGGAGGAAAUGAAUACCUCCAUAUUUAUGCCUUCCAAAGCCCGCUGCAUGAGGGGCAGAUUAAAACCUUGCUAAAGAGGGUAGAAAAACACAAAGAAGGAGAUCCUCUGGAACCCAUCAAACCUUGGGACUGAUUGACUUUGUCCAAACAGCAGCCUUGUAGCAAAACUACACUGUAAUGUUAUCAUGAAAGAGUUAAAUACAAAUGAUGUUCAUUUACAAUCCUGCUGUAGGCAGUUUUUAAAAAUCUUAACAAUUGGGUAUAAGUAGUGCAGUCGAUGAAGUCAAAUAUGCAAAGAAUGAAUGAAUAACAUUGAUAGUGAUUAAAGAUUGUUUUCUUUAGUGAUGUUGCAUUAGCAGUGACAAAUGAAAAUGUGACGGUGCAAGUCUGAUUACUGUUUUCUGCAAAUAUAAUAUUAUGGGGGAUUAUUUUAUGUGAGUUAUACUUGUCUGCAGUGUGAUUUCCUGUGUGGAUGCAAUAAUAUUUGAAAAAUACGCUAAAGUCAAUUAAAUGUAACUGAAACUAUCCAUACAAGGCAAUUAGUUUUCAGGAAAUAUAUCAGGUAUAAACAUACAAAACAAAAGAAAAAGAAUAAAAUUAAAUAAAUGCCAAAAAGGAUAAUGGUUUCAACAGAAUAACAUGAUUUUAAUCCCAAAUGCUUGUUCUGGAGUCAAAGCUUUUUCAAAUGGUUUAUAUCAGAUUAAACUCAAUUCCCAAAAGCUGGUGAGGUUUAUUGUCUGAUUUUUUAGGUCCGCUGUCCCCCAACGAGCCAUUCUAUGCAAGUUUUUGAAGUCAUGGCUUGUUUUCAUGUGCACAGCUAGUGAAACUGUGAUAUGUACAUCAUCUUGUUAAAACCAAGUAUUUUUCAUCCUUUAUCACUGCAGACGCUGAAAGAGAGACUUUUCUGCUGAUUUAUGAACAUCUGAUGACUUGAAUUGACCAUUU